GACGCAAGAGCGCGCGCGGCGACAGGACGUCAGACGCAGCCCCCCCUCCCGGCAGCGUCGGCGUCUCGCUCUGUCAGUGUGAAGGGAAAGAGGCGAAGGGAGGCCUCCGCUCUGCCGCUUGUCUCUCUUUGCUCUCCGCCGGCUAUGGCCAUGGAUACGAGCGGCAAGGAAAAGGAGGCGCUGCAGCUCCUCGCCGAGGCCGACAAGAAAGUGCGCGGCUCCCAAGGCUUCUUCUCGGGGCUCUUCGGGGGUGGCUCCUCCAGGGUUGAAGAAGCAUGUGAUAUCUAUGCAAGAGCAGCCAAUAUGUUCAAAAUGGCCAAGAACUGGAGUGCUGCUGGGAAUGCCUUCUGCCAGGCUGCUCAGCUGCAUCUUCAGCUGCAGAACAAGCAUGAUGCAGCCACAAGCUUUGUGGAUGCUGGCAAUGCCUUCAAGAAAGCUGAUCCUCAAGAGGCCAUUAACUGUCUCCUCAGAUCUAUUGAGAUCUACACUGACAUGGGCCGUUUCACCAUUGCAGCCAAACACCACAUAACGAUAGCGGAGAUCUACGAGACGGAGCUGGUGGACAUUGAGAAGGCGAUAGCCCAUUAUGAGCAAGCUGCAGACUACUAUAAAGGGGAAGAAUCUAACAGCUCUGCUAAUAAGUGUUUGCUGAAAGUGGCCACCUACGCAGCUCAGCUGGAGCAGUACCAGAAAGCUAUUGAGAUCUAUGAGCAGGUGGGCACCAGCGCGAUGGACAGCCCCCUGCUGAAGUACAGUGCAAAGGAGUACUUCUUCAAGGCAGCCCUCUGCCACUUCUGCAUCGACAUGCUCAAUGCCAAGCUGGCUGUACAGAAGUAUGAAGAAAUGUUCCCCGCCUUUUCGGAUUCCAGGGAAUGCAAGCUGGUUAAAAAAUUGCUGGAUGCUCAUGAAGAACAGAACAUCGACAGCUACACUGAAUCGGUGAAGGAGUAUGACUCCAUCUCUCGCCUGGACCAGUGGCUCACCACCAUGCUCUUGCGCAUCAAGAAAACCAUACAGGGUGAAGAGGAGGACCUGCGCUAAGCUGCUGCCCCCCUCCCCCCCAAACCCUUUGUCCCUCAUCUGCAGAACUCUCCGUGGAUCAGCUCUGGGGGAGGAGGGGUCUUGGCAUGAAGGAACUGGACUUAAAUGGCAAAUGGUUUAUUAUUAUUUCCUUCCUCAUCACCCCUCUCCCUUCCACCACCUCUUCGCACUGCAGCAAACAGGGCAGGGCGUGUGUCAUCUGUGGACAAGCCCCAACUGGGAAAAGAUGAAGGCUGUAACGUGAAGUUCUCAGUUUCCACUGCUGCGCUUCCCUUCCCAGGUGUGAGAAUGCAUUGCUUCCCGAGCCAGCUUCUGCGUCGUCCUGAAGGCUUAAAAUGUUGUAUGGUUCUAUAUUUAAAGUCUCUCUAGUGGGUUCAGAUGAUGGCAUCAGCUUCCUUUCCUCCUUCCAGAUAACUUGUUUGAAGAAGCUUCCCCAGGGGAGGGAAUGGUCGUCCUCUGUACAGCAGAGGAGAGGCCCAAUCCCUGUUGCCUCGUCCCAUCACAUCCCCGAUUGCAUUUUCCAGAGCAGUUCCUGCUUCCUCUUGGACGGGGAUUACAGGGAUGGGAGGUGGCUCCUUCCCUUUCCUUGAACUUUUACCAAAUGUGUGUCCUUGAAGAGUUUCCAGUCAAGCAGCAUUGCUUAGUAGUCUAAAGGUUGACAAGGAGUGGAGUCUUCAGUGGGGGUUGGCUUCCCCCCUUCCCGCCCCCCUCAUUUCCCAAGUAUUGACAGAGUUCUGUGAUAACACCACUUAGCAAUCCUAGAUAUGUACAUAAAGUAUGUGUGCUAACUCUGCUUCUUUUCCUGACUGCAAGAAGCUUUUUCUCACAGCCCAAAUGUGCCACCACUGAAUUCAGGUAGGAAAGCUUCAUCUUGGCUCUCCUCCUUCCCGCCUCGGGUUAGAAAUCGGCACCUCCCAGCCAUGCAGUCUGCUGGGUGGCAGCGCAUGGCCGACUCCUUCCUAGCGGAUGCAAGAUGCUCCUGCUGCUGCCUGCGUGGUACAAGGCGGCCAGUUCCUGAUCCCAUGCGGCAGAUAGCCCAAAUCCCCAGUAGCACUGGCAACGUUUGUGAGCGGGCUGUCUCGGUACUGACCACGUCGUCCUGCAUGAUUGCCCUCCUUCAGGCUUAGGUCAAAGGAAGUGUUCCUUCCCCAGAGUAUUCUGUGUUCUGUAUUCAUUGCCAUAAAGCUUGGUAUGUCUCUCCCCCCCCCCCCCCCCCGGUUUCCUCUUUUGAUUUAAAGAAAGGGAUCUUUAUCAUGUAGCCUGGGAAAAAAGAGUCAGUCUUUGGUGGGGGAAUUUGCCCUUUCGUAAUUCUCAUGCUAACUUUCUCCUGCUGAAACCUUGGAGAGCUUCUGCCAGUCAGCACCUCCAUUAAAGGGAGGGGUGGGGUGGGGUUCAGAUGUGCUGCUGCAUGUUUUAAAAUGUCCACAAGAAAGCCACUUUGCUGAUCAUAGUAAAAUAACAUGCACACAGCAACGGAAUUAACAAAACUCUGCAUGGGUAGAAAAAGAAACCACAGUAAUGUCAGUCUUAAUGGUAGCCUCUCUCUAGCUUAAGUUCCUGCUGCUUCUCUGAGUUCAAAUGACUUGCAUGUCUUCAGAUGUACUUUCCCUUGCUAUUCUGUCCCUCCCCAUGUUUAAUUCUGCCACCUUCCCAUCACCCCCUCUAAGUUGUGACUCUGUUUCUGAACACUGGCUGUGAUUCUAUAUGUCUAUAAAAACACAAUUGUAUGCUUGA